UUCUUUCGGGAUUUUUUUUUUCCGGUAGUGGCGCGAAAAGGAAGCGGUGAUGGGGUCGGGGAUUAUGGAUGCUGUAGUGGCCGAUCUCAAGGUCUUCGGGCUGGAUUUCGCGGAGGGGGAAGACCAGGACGCUAUUGCCGAGAAAUUGGAAGAAAUCUGCAUGACGGGAUGGGUACCGAAGUCGGACUUAGGAAACGAGCUGAUUGCUUUUGCUAUGCGCAAGGAAGUGCUUCUCCUGACUCUGGAAAACUUACUUGUCUUCGAACACGAGAGCAAGAAGCUAACAAAGCCCUCCAGGAAAAAGGAGGAUCGUUGGUCCAACGUGGGGGACAUCGGCUCUGCUCAAGACUCUCUGGAGGUCAACGAGGAAGACGAGGACUUGCUGGAUACCUACGCAUCGCCCUCAAAAUGUGCUCAGAAACGAGCCAUCACCACCCCAGAGAACCCCCGUUCCAAGCGGACCCUCUCUGGCCGCAGCCCCCGUCUCAACUUCUCGCCCAACAGCUUUUCUCCCAGCGCGACCCCUUCUCAAAAAUACGCCACCAGGAAGAACCGAGGCGAAGUCGCGGCCUCUUUUGGAUCAGCACCAGUUGGAGGACGGGACAGAUGUGCCCCUUCGGUUCAGGUCUACAACUCCCCCCAUUCGCUCACCAAAGCGUACAAAUUCAUGUUCCUGGAUUUGAUGGAGACCCGUGAUGUCCUGUCCUCCAAGAUCGAAGAGCUGGGUGACGCUCUUAAGGCCCAUUACAACAUAGACGAAUUUUCCUCAGUGGCGGUCCCUGCGCAGGACACGGUAACCGUCUUAGGCCAGAUUGGGUGUGAUUCGAACGGGAAACUGAACGCCCAAUCCGUUAUCCUAGAAGGGGACCGCGAACACUCAUCCGGGGGCUUCAUCCCGGUCGACAUUUCUGAGCUCACGGAUUAUUCUCUGUUCCCAGGACAGGUUGUGGUCAUGGAAGGGAUAAACAGCACUGGGAAGAAGUUCAUUGCAUCCAAACUCUACGAGGGGGUGCCCCUUCCUUUCCACAAGCCCACAGAAGCAGCCGCAGAUCUGGAACCUUGGCUGGUCUUGGUUGCCUGUGGGCCGUACACCACAUCGGACAGCAUCGCCUACGAGCCCAUGGUGGACUUGAUUGAGACCAUCAAUAAGGACAAGCCCGAUGUUUGCAUUUUGCUCGGUCCCUUCGUCGAUUCAAAGCAUAAACAAGUGGAGGAAGGGCAGCUGAUCAUGUUGUACGACGAGGUCUUCAAGCGGUGUUUGAAGACCAUCAUUGAAGGCACAAGGAGUGCCGGCUCCCAACUUGUGGUUGUACCUUCGCUGAGAGACGUCCAUCACGUGUGUAUUUAUCCCCAACCUCCGUUCGUCUACGAUCUCGCCAAAGAGGACCAACAGAGAGUGCUUUUCGUCUCCGAUCCCUGCACCUUAGAGAUCGACGGAGUGAUUUUCGGAUUAACCUCGGUGGAUUUGCUCUUUCACAUGGGAGCGGAAGAAAUCAGCCGUUCUUCCAAUCUUCAGGACCGUUUUUCUCGUAUCCUCAAACACAUCCUGACUCAGCGGAGCUACUAUCCUCUCUACCCGCCCCCCGAGGACAUGAGUGUGGAUUACGAGCGCUUCUACCCUUACGCAUCUCUGCCCGUCACGCCGGACCUUCUGAUCACCCCCUCCGACUUGAAAUACUUCGUGAAGGACAUAUUGGGGUGUGUCUGCAUUAACCCCAGCCGGCUGACGAAAGGACAAGUGGGGGGCAGCUACGCGCAGCUGUGGAUCCAGCCACAGCUCCCUGGGGCCCAGCGGAAAAGCCCGUGCCUCGCUGCACAAGUGAUCAAGAUCUAACCAGGUUAGAUCUGAAGCUGGACAAAAGGCCAUCAAGGGGAUGAGCUAAGAGACUUCGGCAGCAAUGGGCAGAUCCCAAAAUCUGGGUGACCUAAACAUCUGGACUGCAUCUCCUUGAGUUUCUUUGAUGUUGGUUUUUUCAUUCUCUGCAGCUGGAUAAUGUCGCCAUCGUUCUUCUGGAUAAAAUAUAUAUAUUAUCCAGGCCUGUUUCUGAUAUCAAACCAUAUAAAUAUAUGAAUUUGUUGAUUUGGGUUAGUUAGGUUCAAAUCCUGCUUCUCAGCGAGCCCUAUGGAAUCCGAAUUGCCCCACAAAUGAAGUUUUGGCAGAUGUGCAAUGGGCUGCUUUGAUUCUCCAAGGAGGAGAAUUCUGGGAGUUGAAGUCUGCCCAUCUUAAAGCAUGCUGGA